AUGUCUGACUACGGUGACCACGACGCUGAGGAGACUUAUGACUACGAGCCCGCGGAGGAGGUGUUUGACGAAAAUGAACCCGAGGACUACCUGAACCCCGAAGACGUCGAAGGCGCGGAAGGAGGAGCCGAGAAUUAUGAUGGCGAAUCGUAUGCGCCAGCUGUCAACGGUGAUCGCGUGGUCGUUUCGGGCGAUCCCAACGCUGGAUACUCGGGCCGGGUGAUGGAGCAAACGCGCGAGAAGAAGGUGCCCAACGACCAGCGCACGACGACUCCCUACAUGACCAAGUACGAGAGGGCGCGGCUUUUUGGAGGAUUCAUUUUGACUGGUGCUGCUAGUAUGAAUGCUCCCGUGCUUGUCGAUCUUGAGGGCGAGACGGAUCCCCUCCAGAUUGCCAUCAAGGAGUUGAACCAGAAGAAAAUCCCUCUUAUCGUGCGGAGAUAUCUGCCGGAUGGAUAUUACGAGGAUUGGACGUGCGAGGAACUGCUGUAA